GGAAAGAGAAUCCCGCAAAACUCUCCUCUCUCCUCUCUGUUUUUUUUCUGGGUCGAAGUUUGGUUCUUUGUUGGAUAAUGAUGGUUUUUGACAAUGAAUCCAACCUAGACCGAUUCCUACGCUGCACUACACCAAUUGUGCCUGCCUAUUCCCUCCCAAAGACACAGAUCAAGAACCUGAAUAGUCUAUGGUACCCUUUGGAGAGCCAGAGCGUAGAGUAUUUCAGGUUGGGAGAUUUUUGGGAUUGUUUCGACGAGUGGAGCGCUUACGGUGCAGGUGUCCCCAUUGUCUCAGAAACCGGCGAGACAUUGGUCCAGUACUAUGUUCCUUACCUCUCUGCAAUCCAGAUUUUCACCUCUCAUUCUGUUCUCAAUGCUCUAAGGGAGGAGACGGAAUCAGGGGAUUCAGGGAGUGAGUCAUGUAGUGAGGAGUGGAGAUGGGAAGGAUGUUCUUCGUCUGAGGAAGGAUUUGAUCAUCAAGAACCUCUCGAUCGCCUCGGUUACUCUUACUUGCAGUAUUUCGAGAGAUGUACACCUUACUCUAGAGUCCCUCUCAUGGAUAAGAUCAAAGAGUUGGGAGAAAGACACGUAGGGUUGAGGUCAUUGAGAAGUGUUGAUCUGUCUCCUGCGAGUUGGAUGGCUGUUGCUUGGUAUCCAAUCUAUCACAUUCCCAUGAAUAGAAGCAUAAAAGACUUGUCUACUUGCUUCCUGACUUACCACACGCUUUCUUCAUCUUUCCAAGAUGUGAAGAAAGAGGAGGAGAGGGAGAGGAUAAGUGUGAGUGCAUUUGGGAUGGCCACUUACAAGAUGCAAGGGAAGCUAUGGGACAAUGAUAGAUUGCUUUGCUUUUUGAGCGUAGCAGAUUCUUGGCUAAAGCAGCUAAGGGUCCACCACCAUGACUUCACCUACUUCACCACUACUCCUCAUUAUCUUUGAUACAUAUAGUGUUUUAGAUCAUUACUUGGUUAACAAUCUAUUUAGUUUUGUUGUUUAAGAGUAGCACAUAUCAAUAAUGUUGGAUUGUUGUUAUCUGGGACUCUGAGGGAAAGGAUAGACAUUGACUUUUUCUUCAAAAUAAUUUUUUUUAUCAUAAAUUUGCUUUGGGGUCAGAUUGAUGAUGAUGGGCUCUCAAUACAUUUAUUCUCUUCUA